UACUAAACGCCUCCGACUCGUACUCCAAAGAUCUCUCUGCACCUUCUUGUUCUACACUGCAUCAAGAUUCAAAACCCUAGGCGCCCACCGUCCACACGCCAGUCUCCAUUUCCACCUCUCUCGAGCUGCGAGUACAGAUUAGAGAGAGAGAGAGGGAGGUAGUUGAAGAGAGGAGAUAGAAAGUAGCUAGACCUCUCUCUCUCUCUCGCGCUGGUCGGAUUUGAUUCCAGGUUUUUGGUAAUCGGCAAUGGCGGCAGCAGAUGUGGCGGCGCAACAACCUGUUUCUGCUCAAGUUGUGGGCAAUGCGUUUGUGCAGCAGUAUUAUCAUAUACUGCACCACUCUCCUGAGCUUGUUUACAGGUUUUAUCAGGAUAUAAGCAAGCUUGGUCGACCUGAGGAAGAUGGAUCUAUGAGUAUCACUACCACAAUGCAAGCAAUCAAUGACAAGAUAGUAUCUCUCAAGUAUUCAGACUUCAGUGCAGAAAUUAAGUCUGUUGAUUCCCAGGAGUCCUUCAAUGGAGGUGUAUCUGUCCUUGUUACUGGAUAUCUGACUGGAAAGGACAACAUGGUCCGGAAUUUCUCGCAGUCUUUCUUCCUUGCACCACAAGACCGAGGGUACUUCGUUUUGAAUGACAUGCUUCGCUAUGUGGAAUUUGCCAACCAGGAUGAUAAAAUUCAUGCUCCAGUGGCUGAUACUGUUGUUCCUGUUACUGUAGAGAAAGAUCCUCCUUCAGUGCAAGAGAAUCUCAUUUUGGAGGAAAGCACACCAUCAGUAGAGGAACUCAAUGGGGAAGAAGUGAUCAACCCACCUGAGAAUGGAGGUGUCCCAAUUGUUGAAGAGGAAGAGCCCGUGGCUGAGGUGGUUAAUGAACCUCAAGAGGUUUCACAAAUGGUAGUUGAGUCCAACACCAAAAUUGAAGAAGUGCCUAAGAAAUCUUAUGCUAAAAUUGUCAGUGAGCUCAAGGAAAGUGCUGCUACUUUCUCCCCUCCUGCGCCUGCUAUACGGAAACCUGUGGUGAAGAAUGCAGAAAAAGUGAAUCAACCCUCAGCAGUUGCAGCUGAUAUUCUUGACAGUUCAGCACCUGUUGAUAACGUGAAUAACCAGGAGGAAGAAGCCGAUGGGUAUUCCAUUUACAUAAAAGGCCUGCCUUUAAGUGCAACAGUGUCAUUACUAGCUGAAGAGUUCAAGAAAUUUGGACCUAUCAAGGAUGGAGGCAUUCAAGUCAGAAGUAACAGACAACAGGGAUUUUGCUUUGGCUUUGUGGAAUUUGAGGAGGCAAGUGCUGUGCAAAAAGCAAUUGAGGCUUCUCCUGUAGCAAUUGGUGGACGCCAAUCUGUUGUUGAGGAGAAGAGGUCUACAACUAAUCCACGAGGUAACAAUAGAAGAUUCCUGUCAGGAAGGGGCUCUGGAUUCAGAAGUGAAGGAUUCAGGGGGCGAGGAAAUUAUGGAGGUGGCAGGGGAUACAACAGGGGAGAGUUCAACAGCAGGAAUGAAUUCAGCAACAGGGUUGGUAAUCGUGGAGGAUCAUCAUCAAACCGUGGAGGUGAUGGGUAUCAAAGGGCUGACCAUGCUGGAAACAAUGGUGGUCGUGUGAAUCGUGUUGGUGAAAUGCCUCCUUACGGAACUGCUAAGGACAUGGCACCAAGGGUAUCUGCUACUGCUUGAAAACAUUUAACAUGGUGAUUGAGAGAUGAUUUAGUAGGUUUUCAUUUUUUGAAUCACAAAUUGAGCGGGUGGAUGAAUUCAUUGUUAGGUACUACGGAGUUUCAUAAGAGUUUUUUUCCGUAGCUUUCCCCUUCCCAUUUUUCCUCUAUUAUGGGGGUAUUAUAGGAAAUAGCAAUUGAGUUGAAGCAACUAUUGUUAAUGUUGCAGUUGAGAUGGGUAUAGGUAAUAUUACAAUUGUUGGAUUAUUUUCUUUUAGUGUGUUUACUUUCUGAAAAUUUUAAAAAUUCAUUUGUUUUAAA